GGGCACCGAGUCGUCUGGCAAGACUGCGGGCACCGAGUCGUCUGGCAAGACUGCGGGCACCGAGUCGUCUGGCAAGACUGCGGGCACCGAGUCGUCUGGCAAGACUGCGGGCACCGAGUCGUCUGGCAAGACUGCGGGCACCGAGUCGUCUGGCAAGACUGCGGGCACCGAGUCGUCUGGCAAGACUGCGGGCACCGAGUCGUCUGGCAAGACUGCGGGCACCGAGUCACCUGGCAAGACUGCGGGCACCGAGUCGUCUUGCAUUGGAUCGUCUGGCUCGACAGCGGGCAUCGGGUCACCAGGCAUCAGGUCAUUUGGCUCGCCAGCGGGCACCGCGUCAUCUGGCACGACAGCGGGCACCGGAUCAGGUACCGGAUCAUCUGGAUCAACAGCGGGCAUCGAGUCAACUGGCCUAAUAGGAUCAUCAGGCUGGAUCAGUUCAUUAUGCUGGGUAGAGGCAUCAGGCUGAGUAGAGGCAUCAGGCUGAGU